GGGCAUGGCUUCUUCCAUGUUCAGUGUAAACCUGGUGCAGAGAAACCAUCCUGUUGGCAGGACUCUGGAAGGAAUUGUGUGGUGUCAUUACAGUUGUGGUUACAGAUGCCGUUGUUGUGUCCAAGUACAUUGCAGAAAUCUAUAUCUGGGCCACCCCAUGAUGUGAAAUAACUUGGUGAUCAAGAUGACGCUUUUACCAGGAGAAAACUCAGACUAUGACUACAGCGCCUUGAGCUGUGCUUCAGAUGCUUCCUUCAACCACCCUUUCUUUGCUGAAACAGAAACUCUCAAAGGUGUCUUUUACCAAAGAGCCAAACUCAUUCACCCUGGGAAAGACCUCUAUGAAUGCGUUCACCCAGAAGACCGGAAGCAUCAUAUCAUCAUCAAUGUGGGAGGCUUUAAGUACUUGCUGCCAUGGACCACUCUCGAUGAAUUCCCCAUGACCCGCUUAGGACAGUUAAAAUUUUGCAACAACUUUGAUGACAUCCUCAAUAUUUGUGAUGAUUAUGAUGUUACCUGCAAUGAGUUCUUUUUUGACCGGAACCCAGGGGCAUUUAGGACCAUUUUGACUUUCCUGCGGGCAGGGAAGCUUCGACUCUUGAGAGAGAUGUGUGCUCUUUCAUUUCAAGAGGAGCUGCUUUACUGGGGCAUUGAGGAAGACAACCUGGAGUGGUGCUGCAAAAGGAGGUAUCUGCAGAAGAUGGAGGAAUUUGCUGAACUGAAUGAAACGGAGGAUGAAUUUGUCGAUAGUGAAAACCAGUGUGAUGCUGUGGCAGAGACCAAAGCUGGUCUUUGCAUGAAAAAGCUACAAGACAUGGUGGAGAGGCCUCAAUCUGGGAUUCCCGGGAAAGUGUUUGCCUGUUUAUCAGUGCUCUUUGUGACUAUCACUGCAGUCAACCUGUCUAUCAGUACCAUGCCUGGCUUAAGAGAGGAAGAGGAGAGAGGUGAAUGUUCUCAGAUGUGCUACAACAUUUUCAUAGUGGAAUCAGUCUGCGUAGGGUGGUUUUCUUUGGAGUUCAUUUUAAGGUUUAUUCAGGCACCCAGCAAAUUUGUGUUUCUGAGGAAUCCAUUGACCCUGAUUGAUAUAGUUGCCAUCCUGCCCUAUUACAUCACUCUGUUACUAGACACUGCCUCAGUGGGUAGUAAUAAAAAGCCAAGCUCUGGCAACAUCUACCUGGACAAGGUAGGCCUGGUGCUUCGCAUACUCCGUGCCUUGAGGAUUCUCUACGUCAUGCGGCUUGCCAGACACUCGCUAGGCCUGCAGACUUUAGGGCUCACUGCUCGGAGGUGCACCCGUGAGUUUGGACUCUUGCUUUUGUUCCUUUGUGUAGCCAUUGCACUGUUUGCACCCCUCCUGUAUGUGAUCGAAAAUGAGAUGGCCGGUUCCCAGGAGUUCACCAGCAUCCCUGCUUCCUAUUGGUGGGCUGUAAUCACCAUGACAACAGUGGGCUACGGUGAUAUGGUACCUAGAAGCAUCCCAGGACAAGUGGUGGCACUGAGCAGCAUCCUGAGUGGCAUCCUUCUCAUGGCCUUUCCUGUCACAUCCAUCUUCCACACGUUUUCUCGCUCAUACAUUGAGCUGAAGCAGGAGCAGGAAAGAAUUAUGUACAGGAGAGCACAGUUCUUAAUGAAAACCAAGUCACAAUUAAGUAACGCCUCACAAGGGAGUGCCAUAUUUCCGAGUAACUCUUCAGAGACCAGGGAACACGAGUGACAAGUUUCCAUGUCUGCCUUUGCUGCGCAAAUAGUAACAGAUUUCAUCUUGGCAUUCACUCCUGGGAGAUACAUUGUACAAAUGACAUGCAAAGGGCUUUUAGCCAUUAUGCCAGCUGGCAGAUUAUUUAUCAUGAUGCAUAUUAGCAUUAAUUUUAGGGGUGGGGGUUCGGAUCCUUGCUUUCGAGCAGACUGUGCAAUCUAGGUACAAGAUCUUGAAGUGAGAUUUAAAAAAAAAAAACAAAGCAAGCAUCAUUAACCAAAAGGAGGAGAACUGUAUGAAAUUACAUACUGGGCACAGUCAGCUGUUGCCAUUUGUUACAGAAAGAGGCAACCCAUUUUCCAAGAAAACAACUGCGAAUGUCAACAUUUUGAUCAUUCAUUUCCUUGACCUUUUGUUGUUUAUUUAUAUCAAUACUUAUGAACUGUAUCAUCCCAGAGAGAUACAUUAAUCCUUGUGUGCAUAACUCCAGUGUUCAUACUGGAGUUAACUCUGCAGAGAAGUGCAUUGUUUUACUUUAUUGUUAACUGUUUCUUUAGAAUAAAGAAACUUCCUUGUCAAUCUCUCUCCAAGCUGCCAACCUAUGCACAAUCAAAGGUAUAGAACUCCAAGCAGCUUUAGCAGGAACUUGGAAGUGUAACAUUUGGGGACUAUGACAGCCAAAUCCCAAUGGCCAUGCUGGCUGGAGAAAUUGCAUAGUUCCCCAAAAAUAACUUUUACAAGGUCUGGCUUGGAUCAUUUUCUGGGCUGGAUAAGCAAUAGUACCUUUUCCCUUCUUAUGAGCCAUAAUUUAAAUAACAGAAUUGCUUGAUUCUAAAGCAGCCUUUUAAUUGAGAUCUUCUUGCUCACUGUUGGUGAGUAGCAUUUCUUUCUGAGUCAUAACAUUAGUGCCCUACAUGUUAUUUCCUGUGAGAUAAUCUGUUCUAAAAAAGGAAUUGAGAUUUCAACGUGUUCUUUGACAAUCUCCCGUAAGUAUAUCAUAAACAUAGGAGCUCACAAAUUUCCUCUAGGGUUGUUCAGAAACUAGGGGUGGAAAGAAUAUUUUUUUUAAUAAUCAAAAAAACAUGUUUUUCAGUUGUUGAGAAACCAUGACAUGAAGAAUCCUGGACAGAUGAGAAUCUUUGCAGUUGAGGAGUUCUGUACAAAAUUUGCACAAGGUUACUUGGCACAGAAUACACUAUUUUCUAAGCAGGAAAUAAUAUUUCUGCAUUGAAAUAUUAUUUUCUAUGCAGAACAUGCUGUUUUCUGUACAGAAAGUUUUGAGUUUUGCACAAAAUAAAUUCUGAAUUUCAAAUAACCUUCAAAAGUUGCAUUAUUUUUAAGAUUUUCUCCCAGUGAAAAGAAAAUUGCUGAAAUUACAUCUUGCUACAUUCAAGGAGACCCAUAGUGAAGAAUUAUAUCCCUAGUUAGAACUAGGCCAAAAACCUUUAUAACUAUCCUCUGGGUUCUCAUAUGUGUUGUCUUUUGGGCAUUUACAUGGAAGCAGAGGGUAAUCAUCCUCUGUCUCCUGGAAACUGACUGCUAGAUUUAGCUGAAACUGACUGUCCUUCUGUUCCCUGUCCUUGAACAUUAACAGCAAAAAGGUAGCUAACUGCAAAUCAAACAGAAUAUGUGCUGAAAUAUCGCACCAUGCCAGUCAUUGCCUUGUGGUUAUUUCCUUCUGCAUUAAAUAGAAGGAAAUAAAACUCAUAUAAUGAGCUGAAUUGCCAGAAUUACUAGUGUGAUAGUUGAUAAUAACUCAUGGGCAUCUGGCUCCUUGAAAGGAACAAAAAUGAUAAAAGCAAAUAGCCAAAAGCCUAAAGAGGUUAAUGUAUCAAAUGAGCCAAAGCUAACAAAAUGAAAUUCAACAUAGAGAAAU